AUUAUUUCACCCGUCUCCUUCGAGUUCGAACUUCGAACCCCUUCUCUUCGUGUACUCCCGACAAGCAUCAAACUCUUUCUUCGUAAACUCCCGACACGCAGCAAACUCCCUUCACUUGCCGUCCGGUACCGUCCAUGUUGUACCGACUGUAAGUACAAUAAAGGGUAUGAUAGCGUCCUGCAGAGCAAGUUUGGUUUCUCCCAGAGAAGGUAUUCGAAGAUUUGCGAUGGAAAAUAAAGCUCGGAACAAGGGUUAUGUACAUUAUGACCAUACCGAUCCUUGCAGAUAUGAAAGGUGGACUGCCAGGGAAAGCUACGAAUUCAUGCACACAAGGCCUUGGCAAGAAGUCGUCGAUUUUUAUUCAAAUUCAGUGAACGGGCGCGCAUCAAUAUUGUCCGCAUUGUUUGGGAUUGAGACACAUCGUGUUCAUAAUGAUGCUGAAAUUCUAGAGGUUUCUGAUAAAACUGAAUUGGAGAGUGUUUCCGCUGAAGAUAGGACUGGGAGAUGGGCAAGAUUAACAUUCAAAAUUGUUCUUUCAUAUCACGGGGGUUCUUUUGAUGGUUGGCAAAAGCAGCCGGGCUUGAACACUGUCCAGGGUGUAAUAGAAAGAUCUCUCUUUAAAUUUGUUGAUGAGAGGAAAGUUCAAUUGCUGAAAGACAAAGGUUUACCCGUAGAAGGCAGUGUUGUUGUUGCUGGGCGCACAGAUAAGGGAGUCACAGCUCUUCAACAAGUUUGUGCUUUUUCUACUUGGAGAAAGGAUAUAAAACCUCGAGAUAUAGAAGAGGCCAUCAACGGUGCAGUGCCGAGAAAUCUUAUUGUCAGAUCUGUUUCUGAGGUCUCACGCAGCUUCCAUCCAAAUUUCUCUGCCAAAUGGAGGCAUUAUUUUUAUAUCCUUCCAUUUAAUGAUUGGGAGGGUGGGGAGCAAGGUAGUGAGAGUGGGCAGGAUGCUGAGAAUUUUAGAUGUAAUGAAAAUACAGAUGAGCAGAGAAUUAGAUGCGAUGAAUGCAAUGUGGACACUGUUGAAGACUUAAUUAAUGAUUACAAGGAUGAUCAUGAAAAUGGGAAGAAACCACAAACAUUCAGCAUAAUCAGGGUUAACCAACUUCUGCAGCAGCUAGAAGGAAAGCUAUUGUCCUACAAGAUGUUUGCACGUGAUACCAAAGCUUCGAGAAACGUUGGUCCUCCAACACAGUGUUUUGUCUACCAUGCUCGAGCAGCAGUAGCCCGCCUGCCAUGCUCUGAUCAUGGGGAAGGAAGAAAGGUUAUGUGUGUGGAGCUGGUUGCUAACCGCUUCUUACGCAAGAUGGUUAGAGUGCUUGUGGCAACAUCGGUAAGGGAAGCAGCUGCAGGUGCAGAUGAGGAUGCAUUGAUAAAGCUAAUGGAUGCUACUUGCAGACGUGCCACUGCUCCCCCAGCACCCCCUGAGGGACUAUGUCUUGUUGAUGUAGGAUAUGCAGAGUUUGAUUCGCAAUACUGUCUCAUUCCAAAGGACUGAGUUUAGUGUCAUUGCCACAUGGAUCUAGCUUUAGAUCUGGAUUAGUUGAUACCAUACACACAUAUGCGUAUUUGGUUUUAAGGGGAAUUUCGUCUCUGGUGUUUCUGUAUUGUAGAUCUGCAUAGUUGUGCUUUAGUCCUCUACUGCAUUAUCUGGCUGUUGAUUUUUGUUGCUGCUAGUUGGAAUCCUUCUUGGUGUACCGUAUUGCAGAUCUGCCUAGUAUCUGGCUGUUGGCUGUGCUGUUUUGCAUUGCAGAUCUGUCUAGUCUGGAUCCUCUUGGAGUACUACUACAACUUUUUGCCACAGCAAAGCCAUGGCAUGGAGCAAAAUUUUGAUUA